UUAAAGUUUGAGGAACCUAAACAGAGAAGAUUACCUUGUUAGAAAGCAUCAGCUAUGUGUCAGAAGAAAGAGUUGUUGAUAGUAAUUGUUUCAUUUCUUGUCCCAUUUUGUAGUUCCAUAGAUACCAUUUCCUUUAACCAAUCUCUCAAAGAUGGUGAUUUGUUGAUCUCUUCAGGGAAAUCUUUUGCUUUGGGUUUCUUUGGGAAUUCCCCUGGUAAACGUUACGUCGGAAUUUGGUACAACAAUGUUCCUGAACUAACUGUUGUUUGGGUUGCCAACAGAGACAAUCCUGUUAAUGGCACAUCUGGGAUUCUCACCAUCGAUUCAACUGGAAAUCUUGUUGUACAUCUCGAUGCGGAAACAAAAACUGUAGCCUGGAGAACAACUGUUUCUUCAGCUACAAAACGAGCAGACUCGUAUACAGCUAAGCUGGAGGAUUCAGGGAAUUUUAUAUUGUUUCAAGACUCCAAAAUGGAUGUUACUGAGUGGCAGAGCUUUGAUUAUCCUACCAAUACUUUGCUUCCUUCAAUGAAAUAUGGAAUAGACAAGAGGACGGGUUUGAACCGGUUUCUAACUUCCUGGAAAUCGUUGAACGAUCCAGGCACUGGAGAGUAUCGUUACACAAUGGAGCUCAAUGGGACACCUCAAGUUUUCUUGUACAAGAACUCUAGCAGGAUUUGGCGGACAGGAUCCUGGACGGGUCAUGGUUGGAGUGGUGUACCAGAAAUGAGCCCACGAUUCAUCUUCAGCCUUAGUUAUGUGGACAAUGAUACCGAGGUUUCCUUGACAUAUGGCAUACAUGAUAGUUCAAUAAUCUCAAGAAUGGUCCUGAAUGAAUCCGGAAUCGUGAACCGGUUAACUUGGCAAGAGAGUGAGCAAAAGUGGGUGCAAUUUUGGUCUGCCCCUAAAGACCCUUGUGACAAUUAUGAACAUUGUGGAGCAUUUAGCAAUUGCAAUCUGUUCAAUUUGGCUGAAUUUGAAUGCAGUUGUCUUCCAGGGUACGAGCCAAAGCUAAGCCGACAAUGGUUCUUGAGAGAUGGCUCUCAUGGAUGUUUGAGGAAGAAAAAUGAAGAGGUGUGCAACAGUGGUGAGGGGUUUGUCACAUUAAGUCAUGUGAAGAUCCCCGACACGGGUGCAGCUCGGAUGAACAAGAGCAUGGGAUUGAAGGAAUGUGAAGAGUUGUGUCUGAAGAACUGCUCCUGCACAGCCUAUGCAAGUGCUAAUAUUAGUGCAGGAGGAAGUGGAUGCAUCACUUGGUAUGGUGAGUUGACAGACAUAAAGCAAUUUACAGAUGGGGCCCAAGAUUUAUAUAUCAGAGUCUCUGCAUCUGAUUUAGCGCAAUUCUCGAAGAAUUCAAGAGGCCAUAAUAGGAAAAGAACGAUAGGGAUUCUAGUAGGGUCUGCUGCAGCAAUAAUUCUUGCACUCUCUUUGGCAUGUUGUUUGGUUAUCAAUAUAAGGAGAAAUGAUAAUGAGAGAAGUGAAAGUUUAGCAUGCUAUGACGGCAUGGAUGAAAGUAAACAUGCAGAAAUCUCAAUCUUUGAUCUAACCACAAUAACUAAUGCCACUGAUAAGUUCUCUGAUGCUAACAAACUUGGUGAAGGAGGAUUUGGUAGCGUAUACAAGGGUCACCUGACAGAUGGACAAGUAAUAGCUGUCAAAAGACUUUCAGUAACUUCAGGGCAAGGGACGGAGGAGUUCAAGAAUGAAGUCACACUAAUUGCAAGACUUCAGCACAGAAAUUUGGUGAGGCUUUUAGGAUGUUGCGUUCAACGAGGAGAGAAGAUGUUGGUUUAUGAAUAUAUGCCAAACAAAUCCUUGGACAGUUUUAUUUUUGAUAAAACAAAAGGGUCUUUGUUGGAUUGGGGAAAACGGUUUGAAAUCAUACAUGGGAUUGCACGAGGAAUGUUAUACCUUCACCAAGACUCUAGACUAAGAAUUAUUCAUAGGGAUCUAAAAGCAAGCAAUGUUUUACUCGAUGCCUCCAUGCAACCAAAAAUAUCAGACUUUGGAAUGGCCAGAAUAUUUGGAGGUGACCAAAUGGAAGCAAACACAAAUCGAGUUGUUGGAACAUAUGGUUAUAUGUCACCUGAAUAUGCAAUGGUAGGGCACUUUUCAGCAAAGUCUGAUGUUUUCAGUUUCGGGGUUUUGUGUUUGGAAAUUAUCACUGGCAGAAAGAACAACAGUCAUAAGGAUCAGGAGCAAUCUCGACAUUUAGUUGGAUAUGUUUGGGAUCUUUGGAAGGAUGAAAAGGCUUUAGAUGUUGUUGAUCCAUUGUUAGGUGGCUCAUAUGAAGCUUGUGAAGUUUUGAGAUGCAUCCACAUUGGCCUUUUGUGUGUACAACCGUUUACAGAUGACAGACCGACUAUGUCAGAAGUGGUCUUCAUGCUGUGCAAUGAAACAAAUCUUCCUUUCCCUAAACAACCUAGCCUUAUAUUCAGAUCAGAGAAUCAUAGUUCAGUUAAACACUCUUCAUCAGCAAGUAUAGCAACAUCUUCUGUCAACGAUAUGUCUAUUUCAACAGUUCAUGGUCGCUAGAGCUUAUGCUAACUAUUCAAGAACUAUUUUGAAAGAAAUACAGAAUUCCUUUUUCUGUA